GCAUGUCUCUAAGUGUGUCGGCUGUGCCCUCCUUCUCCUCUGCAUGUACUCCACUGAUCUAUGCGUGGUUGGGACAGAGCAUCCCCACAAGAGAAACCGAGCAGAGCUGGGAUAAACCACAAAGGGGACUUUGUUCAAAGCAAAAAAGGAAACAUAUCCAAUGAGUGAGAGCGCGGUUUUAGUUCAACUCUCCGUGGGGUUCAUUCUCUUUGUGACAGGUGUACAUGCCUCCUGCCCCAUUGAGUUGAGCCCCCCCAAGGUGGUGGUGAAACAUGGAGACCCAGUGUCAGUAAACUGCAGCACAUCAGAAAGUGCGUUCAAAGGAAUGGGCUGGGAGGCUUCACAAGGAGGCACUGGUUUUAAAAAAGUUAGCCAUUUGCUGUGGACUGUAAAGAGUCUAACAGAGUGGACUAUUGCUCCCAUGUGUUACUUCAACAGCUUAACAGAACAAUGCGACAAGGACCUAAAAGUUAUUCUUUACAGAUUUCCAGAAACCAUCAACAUCAACUCCAACAGUGGAUCCAAAAAUACAAUGAAAGAAGGAGAAAACUAUAACUUUACAUGUGAAAUCUUUGAUAUCGCACCCAUUCAAAAUCUCACUGUAAGGUGGUACAAAGGAGACAAAAUCAUCCAAACAGAAACAUUCAAUGAUGAUGACCCAAAACCUUCGAAUCAGUCAUCUGUCCUCAGCUAUACUCCAACCAGGCAAGACCAUAAUGCCACAUUCAGAUGUGAGGCAUAUAUGGACCUGGGACCUGAAGGGCCGCAGUUUAAUGUAUCUACACAGGAGUAUGACAUAGAAGUUUUCUACGGACCAGAGAAGACAUGUCCAGACACAUACACUGUACAAGAAAACUCUCCUCACAAACUUGUCUGCAGUCAAGGCUUCCCUCCACCUGAGGAAAUCUGGUACAAAGAUGGUGAGAAGGUGGACCUUCCAGAGAACCUAACAAGAACCGAGUCAGGGCUGUACUUCGUUGACGCUUCAAGCACUAACUCAAGGAUCAACUUCACAGUGAAUAUUAAUGUUCUAUAUGGACCAGAGAAGACGUGUCCAGACACAUACACUGUACAAGAAAACUCUCCUCACAAACUGGUCUGCAGUCAGGGCUUCCCUCCACCUGAGGAAUUCUGGUACAAAGAUGGUGAAGAGGUGCAUCUUCCAGAGAUCCUAACAAGAAGUGAAUCAGGGCUGUACUUGGUCAACGCUUCAAACAUUAACUCAUGGAUCAGCUUCACAGUGAAUAUCAAUGUUCUAUACCCACCAUCAGUGAUAGACGAGCUUGAAGACUCUGAGGUCCAGGUUGGUGAUACUUUAAGGCUGAAGUGCUCCUCCAGAGGCAAUCCCAUGCCUAAUUACUCCUGGAGUUAUUUAUACAUGCCAAUGCCAAAUGUGAAGAGGAUAAAUGAAGAUGGAGUGUCCUUUCUAAUUAUCCACAAUGCAACUGGAAACAACAUAGGAUCCUACACAUGCAGCGCCUCAAAUGAGGGAGGAAAUGUCUCCAAAACAGUCAAAGUCACAGUGAAAGGUGCCAAGCCAGAAUGCCCGAUUAAAAUAACUCCAGACAAGAUGGUGUUAAAAUACCAAAGCACAGUACAGCCCGUUACAUGCGAACCAUUCCCAGACUCUACAAACGUCAAGGAAAUCUACUGGAAGACUCAGCAGAACAUCACAACGUAUAACUCAAGUUGGCGUGCUGACACACAGAAAGACUGGGACCCAAGACCUGCUUGUUAUGCAAAGUUCCAGGGAAAUGAAACGUGUCAUAAACAAUUAAAAUAUAUUCUCUACAAAACGCCAGACCGUGUUUCUAUCCGUGCUGUGGACAGCUCAGCCUCAGCAGUGGAGGGCAGUGAGCUGCAGCUGCAGUGUGAGAUUUUCGGUGUUGCUCCGGCAGAAAACCUCACAGCGCGGUGGAUGUGGUACAGAGGGAACGAUACCAUCAAGGCUGUAGGAGAGAAUGUCACACAAUGCGAAAACAACCCAGGCAGAUCUCCAGUAAAUGUGUUGUGCCCCAUCAAUCUCACUGUGAAUAGAACUCACAAUGCGAUGAAGAUCCAGUGUGAGGCUCAACUGGUCGACCUGGGACCUGAAGGGCCUCAACCUUCAUCAAAAAUGAAGUCCAACUUCUUAAACAUCAACGUCUUAUAUAAACCUAUCAUAAAGCUUCCAAAUACUGUCCCAGUCUUCAGAGGUUAUCCUGAGGAGCUUUUUUGCGAGGCCGAUGGCAACCCGCCUCCAAACAUUACAUGGGACUUCAACUCAAACACAGCACGUCUUGGGUCUGAUGGCAAACUCAUUGUGUUUGAAGCUGGCCUCUACAACUGCACAGCUACUAAUUUUAAUUCCACAAAACAUGUGGUUGCAGUGUUUCUAGAAGAGGACUACCUGCCUCUAAUUGCUGGAUUUGUGGCUGUCAUAGUGGUGGCAAUAUCCGUCAUCUUCCUCUUCAUCUACUCCAUCUACUACAAGAACACCAAGAUGCGCAGAUACAAUCUUAAAAACCCAAAGCUCAACACUCACAAUGGCAACGUGGCUCACAACGGCUGGGACCUGCAGUUCCCCAUGACGAAACUGUCUUAGCAGGGCAUGUGUUGAUGGCACGGGAUGGAUAGCUGCCCACUCAAAACAAGCUGCAUCUCUCUGCCACCAAAAGUGACGCCAUUGUAAAGUAUGAAUACCACUCAGACAGUGGCCUUAAAGUGGAAAUAUCAUUUACUCCAAACAACACACUAUUGUCACAUCUGUUUUCCUGCUUCUUUUAUUCUUUAAGGAAUAAUACAGUUAUGCAACUGAGCGAUCUUGGCUUGAGAUGUACAAUCAUAUCUACUGGAUUUAAUCUCUUUUCACUGGACAGAUAGAAGAGAAGGAGCGAAGACUUAAAAUUUGGCGUUUGCUUAUUAGAUAAACACUUAAGCAGUUCUGAACUCAGGACGAAUUUCAUAUCAUUAGUAUUGUAUUCAUGGCUUUGGUUUUAGAAAGUUUUUUUUAUUCACUAAAAUUGAGAUUUCUGUAUGUAGCUGUUUUAAGAAGCAGACAUAAUUUUAGUAAUAAUAUCAUUACCCAAAAAGGAUAUGCAAUAGCUUUGCUGAAUUUCUACACUAUUACUUAAGCCUGCUGUUAACCACUCUGCAAUUUAUUGCCUUCUCUCUCUGUCAGGCACUUUUGAGCUCCACACUGUGUCAGACCUUGGUCUAAUCGGACGAUAGUCUCUUGUUCUACUUUUUUAUGCUUUUGUAUUUGUGACUGCAGGCGUUACGGCCUUGACUGUAAAUACAGGAAAAUCUUUUUCAUAAAUGAGAAAAAUUUAAUAGUGAAAUUGAAAGGAAUGAAACUGUUUCUUUAAAAUAUAUACUGUACACAGGAAUGUACAUAGUGUGAAUGAUUGAGAAGUUUUGAAAUCUCACUUUUACAUGGAGAACAAAGGGACUUUGUAACCCAUUUGUGAAUACUGCUGUGAAUAUUUGAGACUUAUGUAAAACUGUAUUUUAUUGUCAAGUGUGGCUCUUUAAUUGUCAUAAAUAUUGCAGAAAUAUUCUAAAAUACCUGAUGUCUUUAAUCACAGGUAAACUUAAAUUAACAAAAGUUGCAUGAGAAAAUUGUAGACAUGUGUGUCUUCAGUUUUCCACUGCUGAAUUUAAAGCUUGCAUCAUUAGAAAAACCAGCAAGAAGCACUAUGAGUACCAUCUACAGUUGUAAAAAGGUGGGGCCAGAUAUAUUCUGUGUGGACAAAGUAAUCAUGACUAUUCACUGGGGGGAGCUUUAGCAGAAGUACUAGAUGCAGGGAAGUGGUUCUUUUGGUCUUGUUAAGAAGAUGGCAGAUCUGAGCUGUUCUGUUCAUGGCACAAAAUGAAGAUUUAAUCCUUCAUUACCCAAAGAUGUUGUACUCCAAUACUGUCACAUUAUUCUCGGCAAUUCCUGCAGUCAGGCCCAGAGUUUGCUCUCUGUACACUGGUCUGCUGCUACGAAGCAGAAGUAAAUGGGGUUGUGGCUGGCCACAAAGCAUUCUCAACCACAUCCCCACUAUGCACUUCUAAAAUAAUAUGAUAAACCAUUUUGAUGAGGGUGGAGUUGGGUGGUCAAACUGUGCCUUCAGUAGGUUGCAGAAAGAGGCUAUACUCAGUUCAGUCAUGUACAGAUUAGUUACCGGGUAACAGACUGGAUAAUAUAGAAUAGAUAUGGAAGGGGAGCAUCUGGAACUUUAAAUAAAAAGACCAUCAAUUUUGAUUUACAAUCAUAUCUACAGGCCAAUAACAGAAAAGCACAUACUCUAAGCUAUUUUUUAAGCUUUUUUUAACAGCCAUGUAGAUCAACAUAUCUAUGUUACACUUGCUAGGUCAAAUGAGAAUAGAAUUCUUACUUGUUGAUGAAAGUAAAGAGAAUUUUACAUUUAACCUACAUAGAAUUACUGAGCACUGAUUAGCUUAAUUUUUGUCAGAAAUUUGUGUAUCAAUCCAUGAAUUUUAGCUGGUUUUAAUUCUUAUGUUAGUUUACUUGUAUUUCAUUCUUUAUCUUUUUAUUUAUAUAUUUAUUGUCGUUUAUUUGUUUUUGGUUUAUCAGAAUGUUUUUAGAUUUUUACUGUUAUCAGUGUUCACUCAUAUCAAAUCUAAAAUAUUCAUGAAAUGUAGAUAUGAUAAUGUUUACUUAGUUCUUAGUCUUCUGUAUUUGUUUAUAUGCUUUAUCAGGAUGCAGUGAGGGGCUCAGCCAUAUGUUCUUCAUGCUUUUUGUUUUAUUGUUUCUACUGUGUUUUGUUUUUACAUAAAGAGGUCACUUGGGCUACAUUCGGUAAAAAUGAAUAAUGCUAAACUAUCAAAAUAAAGUCUGACUGAUAAAAUGAAUAAAUGAGUUUUCUAGA